AAUCUAAAAAAAAAUGAAAAUUACCUCCUUGGUAUCUUUGUCGGUACUCAAACAAGCGUGAAUAACACGUGUAGCUGGAUUUUUACUGCUUUUGCAUGUUUCAAAAAAGGACCUGAAGUCAGUAAGAACAAGAACUCCACGCCAGCCGUACUUGGACUCGAGCCAGGAGGUUGUAAACACAGCACCCGGCCGGUUUAUAUACUCAAGAUAAACACCAUUGCGUUUGCCUUGAAGAAGAGCUACCAGGGACUUUUCUUCCCCGGUUUCAGACACGUUGAAGUUGAACUGGUGAGUCGCUCUUUUGAACUGGACUUCCCGGAUGUAUGCCACCAGCUGAGGGUUGUCCAUCGAGACACUUCGGAAGCUGCAGCUUCGCUCCAAAUUAACAGUAAAGCCAUUGCCGAAGAAAAGGCCGCUAGAAAUGCCAAGCAAGGAGCUACUCUGCGGAUCCAACUUUUUUUCUGUGUACUUCCUAGAGAUAUUGAGGUAAUUGGCAAUGGAGCAGUGUUUCCUGCCACUGAAGGUAUCACUGGGCCCAAUCCUGCCAUUCUGAAGGACUUACUCCCUACUUCCUUUGAAUUCCUGCCAGAUAAUAUUCCAGCAAGUACAGCUUUAUAUUCUGCAACACGUGUUAGCUUCGAUAAAAAAUUGCUUUUAAUGAAGAUUAAAUUUGAAAGGACACAAAUAGUUAAAAAAAAUACUGAUUGCAAGACCAUGCAAGACAGAACUACCAGCACUGGCCAGCACCUGGAACAUGGAACGCAUGCGGCAUGA